UGGACAAAGACAUGAAUCUGAUCAAGUCACCAGACUUGAUUAACCUAAAUGACACAGAUACAGAUGCUGAAAUACAGUACAAGAGUCUGGACGCCACCAAUGGGGACGCCACGGCGGACACGGACGAGCCGCGGCUCUCGGGCGACUCGCCCUCGGCCUCUUCCCCGGCCAGCGACUCGCCCAAGCCGUCCCGACAGGGACACGUGCACUGGAGGACCGCCCACUCUGACGAGCACCGCCAGCUGCUGGCCACCGAGGGCGAGUCGUCCGACCGGCACUCGUCCGAGGACGAGGAGGACGAGGUGGACGUGUGGACGGUGACAGCCGAGCAGCGCCAGUACUACGUGCAGCAGUUCGUCACUCUGCAGCCCGACACCACCGCCCUGCUGCCCGGACACACCGCCAAGGCCUUCUUCGAGAAGAGCAAACUGCCCGUCACGGCGCUCAGCAAAAUAUGGAACCUGUCGGACGUCACCCGGGACGGCUGCCUGUGUCUGGAGGAGUUCGUCACCGCCAUGCACCUGGUGGUGCUGCGACGGAACCGGAUCGAGGUGCCCGACCAGCUGCCGCCCCAGCUGGUGCCAAAGCCCGCCGCCCCUGCCGCCGCUCCUCCUCCGCCAGUCGCCACCGCCGCGCCCGGCCAGCUCACGUCACCAAAGGGCAAGGAGUGGACAAAGUUUGUGGAGUCGCCGAUGAGCAACAUCUCGUCACCGGGAAUCAAGCCUGUCAACUUCGACUUUCACAAAUCGGCUGUCGAGCAGAACCCGCAGAUCCUCCACCCGGUGGCGGUGAAGGGCACGCGAGAGGAGCACCCGGCCGGCCGGCCGACGGCCGACUCCGACUCCGAGCUCUCUGACGGUCGGCCCACCGCGCGGAAGGCGCUCAGACACUGCAGCUCGGGUCCGCACGCGCUGGGCGACUCGGCCUCCUCAGGCCCCACCAGUCUGCCGGUGCUGGCGCAGACGGCGCCCACGCUGCCCAGUCGGCUGGCACAGCCGGCGCCGCCGCCGCCGCCGCCGCGGCCCGGCCACACCGGCCACGCGCGCAGCAGCUCCCUGGACCUGAGCUGCGUGCCGCCCGUGGUGCCGCCGCGUAGCUCACCGGCCGACAGCCAGAGGCCGGCGCCGGCCACAGCCGACCCUUCGGCAGGGUUUGCCGACUUCAGUCAGUUCGAGGAGCCCUCAGCGCCCGACAUCAGCCGCGUCAGACAGGGCGCCUUCGAGGUCUACAAAAAGCCAGCGGCAGCAGCAGCAGCGGCGGCGGCGGGGGCGACGGGCGGCGCCAGUCCGGCCGGCAGUCGACACGGCUCCGGCGGCGACCACGCCCCCUCUGCCACCGAGCCACGCCCCUCGCGGCCGGCGCCACACCCGCACCUCGAGUCGCCCGUCAUCAGCCCGGGCCGACUCGCCAAAAUGACGCCGCAGGAGCUGAUGGCAGUCAGCUCGUGGAGCCGCGAGUCUCUGCUGCUGGUACUGCGCGCGCAGCGGGAGCGGACUGCCACGCUGGCGGCCGUCACCGCCGAGCUGAAUCAGGAGCUGGCAGAGACGGUGGAGGAGCGCACCUCGCUGGAGCUGCAGCUCGACCACAUGCGGCCCGACAAUGACUGACCGGGCCGCCGCGCCGUCUGAGGAGGCCCGGCCGGCCGCGGCGCGCCGCCCGACAGCGACCGACGGCAGUGGGACGCGUCGGUCCAUUCCAGACAGGCGGAGUGGCGGCAGGGGACUGCGUGUCGCUGGUGUAUGUGUGUGUACUGGAGAGGACAGCGGGCUGUUGUGGGCGCAUUUUUUCGGAGUGUUUAUUCGACGUUGUCAUGUCGGGAUGCUUCCUGGGCGGGCGGUGGUGGCCAGUCAGCCGGUGGGACUCAGUGGGGUCGCUGUGGGCAGUCGACUGCCGCUGCCCAGUGACGGUGAGCCAGCCUCGGGGUGCGCCUAGGCCGGCCGAGGGUUGGCCGCUCGCGGCUGGCGCCGGGAGCUCUCGCCGCGUGUCGCCAGUCGCCGUUUGUUUACCGCUUGGACGCUCGUCCAGCUAUGUUAAUAUGGUCGAACCAAAUAUAUCUACAUUAUUCAGCUAUACGGCGAAUGAUGGAUAUUUUGUCAGAUGACGCUUUUAUUUAAUACGAUAUAUGUCUGGUACCGGCGGUGAUUGCCGUGAAUAUCAUGCGUGGUAGCGUCAGUGGUGCCGUGCGUGGCCUGGGUGCGACGUACCCUUUGCACACUACUGGGUCAAUAUUUUUAGAGUUGUUCCCACGUCGCUGCUAAGUGAAAAAUAUACACAAUGACAAGA